AUGUCAUCGUCAACAGUAGCACAAGCAAUUGUAAGUGCUACUCAAAAAUAUACUAUUUCGGUUUACUUUGUGGUCUUAAUUGGUGGUAUCAUUGGUAAUCUAUUUAACAUUGUGAUUUUUAGCGGCUUAAAGAUUUUUCGACGAAAUCAAUGUGCUUUUUAUCUCAUUUUUGGAUCUAUAGCUGACUUCUUAUUAUUAAUAAUUGUGUUACCAUUUCGUAUCACUCAAUUUGCUUUUGGUUAUGAUCCAACACUACUAUCUCUGGCAUGGUGUAAAAUACGAUUUGGUGUUGUUUCAAUGUUGUCAUUGUUAUCAUUCACCGCAGUAUGUUUUACUGCUAUUGAUCAGUAUCUAUCUACUCAUUACCUCCCGCAGGUAAGACAAUUAAGUAGUUUUAAAAUGGCUCGUCGUCUUGUUUGUAUUGCCCUUAUUACUUGGAGUUUACAUAGUAUUCCAUUUUAUAUCUUUUUUGAAAUUCAACCAACGCUCGGUUGUGAUGUUUAUAAUUUGGGAUUUUCACGUUAUUAUUCAUUGGUGCAUUUUUGUGUACUCAGUGGGAUUCUACCUAUAACAACAUCUGGAUGCUCUGCGAUGCUUGCCUAUCUCAAUGUUCGUCGCAUUAUAAGACGUCAAGUACCGUUAGUUCAACGGAAAUUAGACCGACAACUAACCACUAUGAUUUUAACCCGAGUGGCAUUUUUACUUUUUAUGACCUCACCUUUUGUGAUCUUUCGUAUUUACCAGCUUAAUCAACCUGCUACUUCUUCAACUGACCGUGUUAAAGUAGCAGUUGAAAAAUUAGUAUUAAGCAUAACCACAUCUUUGUUUUAUACUAAUUCUGGAGGUACUUUUUAUGUAUUUCUAUUGGUUUCGAAUCGGUUUCGUCAGCAAGUCAAACGAGCUGUGACAAAAAAUAUCUGGAAAAAGAUAUCUGAUUUUGUAAGACAUGGUAAUACAAUUCAAAAUCAAGUUGCGCCUGCAUCGGAUGGGAUAGAUAUUGACCUCGAACCACAAUCGCAUUGA